AUUUGUAUGCUUUAAAAAGCGGAACAUACAUUAGAUUUUUCUCGGUCAUGACGUCAUGUACACUGUUUUUCGUGAAAGCCCUUUAUUUUCCUGGCGGAAUAAUGCGAAAUACGUCAAUUUACAAACUGAUCUACUAUGUGAGAACUGUUUCGUUUAGAAAAAAAAUAUGCAACUGAUAUUUACGGUAAAAAGAAAAAUAUUUAUAUUAUUCCUUGCAAUUACAUGUAUCAUUAUUUUAUGUGCGUUUCAUGGAUUCUACUUCCUACGACCCGAAGAGGGCAAAGACUUCUUUAGGAAGCAAUACAAAGUCUCAAAGAUAUCAAGUAUUAAAAUUACAAAAUGUAACAAUGAGAAAACAUCUUUGGAAGGAAAUAAAAGCAUACAUGUGCCCAUGACAUUGGUGCUAGGUUACAUGAGAAGCGGGUCAUCCUUAACCGCUGACAUUAUUCGCUGCAACCAUGGAGAUUUUUAUAUAUUUGAACCACUCCAUGGAUUGAUUGAACUCUCAAUAAAGCAGAACAGUCCCGUUCGAUUUCUGAAUGGGACAAGAAUAAGAAUCGCACAAGAUGACAGAAACAUAAAUAAUAUGAUGGCGGAUAUGUUGUACAAUUGGUUUACUUGUGAUUUCCGACAAAUUGACCUACUAAGUUUAUCCAACGAGUUCAUCCACAUUUUUACACCCGAACAUGACACGUAUUUCAAUUGCUUACGAGGGCUCCGAAUGAAAUCUGCACUCAUAAGAACCAUUGAUAAGUGUUUACACAUUUUAGAAGAACGAUGCAAAAUAGCCAAUUCACGGAUAUAUAAAACCAUUCGAUUGCCCAUGGCCUCAGUAAGUAAAUUGCUCGAAAGGCUACCUUCGUUAAAGGUUGUUCAUCUUAUUCGAGACCCUAGGGCAAUUUUACAGUCACAGCUGGUCGAGGGUUUAGCAGACAAGAUUAAAUUUAGUAAUAUAUCCAAUCUCACAUGUACACAAAUGCGUAAUGACGUCAUUGAUAUGAAGUCGUUGGUGGUAAACUAUCCAGGUCGACUUCAGCGACUUGUGUACGAGAAUCUUGCUGUCCAUCCAAUCGAGGUCUCAAAGAAACUGUACAAUUUUUUAAAUGCCCGCUUUGAUAGAAAUGUCGAAGGUUUUGUGAACUAUUUAACAACUGGGCCAGUGUCUAAGUGUAAUUACUGUACAAACAGGGGGAAUUCAAGUUAUAAUGCAUUCAAAUGGAUGAAAACUAUAAGACCGACGUAUCAUCGAAUAGUCGACCAACAUUGCAGAGAAAUAUACAGAGAAAUUGGAUACCGACAACUGUCUUUUUACGAUCUAAAAAGCAAAAAAAAUACUUGGAAUCCAAAUGCGUACCAACGAAGUGUUUCACUGUAAAAUAUUUCAUUUCUUUAUUUACAUUAACUGAACCUCUGUACAAUUCACAUGUCAUGCACCGCCAUAGGCUUCAGUGUCAAUGAAUUGUUUGAUCAUUUCUGUAUCGAUAAAAUGGGUGAUGAACUUUCUUGUACCUAUCCUCUAAUUCUUAUCCCCCUCCCAGCACCAAUAUUGAUUACAUGUGUAUGUUAUGUUUAGAUUUCAGUACUCCAAUCAGGCGUUAUUUUAAUGUUAAACUGCUUUUGAAUGCUAGCUUUCUUGGCUGAAUUGAAUCUUGUUAGUGUUAUUAAUUCCUGCAUUAUAAAAUUCUGAAUUUGCUCCUUUUCAAAUGGUUGUCGCCCAAUAUUUUGUCGUUUCAGAAGUCCUUUGAAACCAUUUUGGUAGCCCCUUAGGUCUCGUAAGAACAUGUUUGAUGAUUGUUGAAAAACCCGUUUUCUUUUAAGCAUUCUGUGUAAAGGGCGGCGAUACAAAUCAAUUCAAACUUUUAUUGAUAUUUCUUUACAUAGCCGCCAAAUGUGAGAUUCAUUUAUCAAUGAUAGAGUACGUUAUUGUCCCUUAAAGAAAGAUGGUGCAUACCAACUGAUUUAUUAUUGAAAAAUUUAGUCUCGCUGCUUGUUAGAUUAAUAAGACGUCUUAUCCAUACUUGAAACUGGUUAGCAAGCCAGUCAAGGUCAAAAGAAAGUUAAGACUUCUAAAAAUAAGAACAUCCUAAGUUUAUUAAAUUAAUCAAAUUAUUACAUAGA